UGAGGUUCUGCGUGGAGAUCUGCGAGUGGAGAUAUCUGUUGGUGGAGAUCUGCAAGUGUGAGUCACGGAGCCACUCACGACGCCACUAUGGUGGAGGGCAGGAGGAAGAAGCCCAAAUCAUGGGCUCGGGUAGUUGAUGGCGAGUCGUCUGGUGAUGAAUUUGAUGACGCUGGUGAUGACACACCUGUGCCGGCUGCUGCGGCAGGAGCACCGCUGGGACGUGACGGCACGGCCCAGCUAUCGAAGACUGAUGAGUCGGGUGUUCACACCUUCUGGGCCGUCUUCCCAGCAACAUGCAUCUCAGAGGAAUGUAAGCGAACGCACCAAGACACACACUGCAGAUGCCUGUGUGCAUCUGUGUGGAUGAAUGUCUGUAUACAGGCAGAGUUUAUCUGCAUUCUGACGCGUUUGGGUGGCAGCUCUCUGCGGCCAACAAGAUGGAGCGGGUGCAGGGCGUCAAGCCGGAUCACAUCUUCUUCUACCUCAAGUGCCGCAUCGAGCAGCCUCACAUCAACUGCAAGCUCGCAGUCGCCGUGCCCCCGCGCCACGAGCUCAUCUACGAGAAGGGUGACGCAUCCACCUGGUCGCCAACCCACGACCGAUGGAUCGAUUUCAGUUACCUGCAGAACAAGUACGGCAUCGUGGCAUCUCGCCAGCACGUCCUGUACGUCAAGGAUCAUUUGGUGCAAGGCUUCUGGCAGACGCCCAUGAAGAUGAUCCGGGACUUUUUCACACCAGGAGCUCGUGAUCCGCAGGUCCACCUGCUGCCCCGGGGCUCAUGGGCUUGGCGCAACACUUCGUCGCUCGUCUACCUUAUGCCACCCAUGCUCAAGAAGCUCGCCAGGGAGGGCCGGGUUGACAUCCUUGAAUGGAAGGCGCUGAUCCAGGCAGCAAGUGUGGCGAUGCAAACUGCGCGGAUCAAGUAUAUCGACUCCGAGUACCUCACGAUCAUCAGGGAGGUCCUGCAGCUUGGCACGAGCGUCCACCCCAUGUUCGCAUUCGAUCCCGACUGCAUCGAUUCUCGGCGUCCCCUGGCUGUUUCGGCUGCUUCUGAGCUGAUUGCUGGACUGCGCCGGUCCUUCCAUCUUAUCCCACACCUGGCCGCGAGCCGAGACGCUCGUCAGGUGAGAGGGCACAGAUGAGGGAACGCAAUGAGAGGGCGUUUAGAGGGGGUAUCACUGUGGCGCUGUCUGUUGCGUUCCUUCAGAUUGCGGCUGAGUGGAUGGACAAGUUUCUUCAGCUCCUCAAGCCCUCUCACCACGCUCUCCGCAAUUCGAAGGACGAAAGCGAGUUGAUGGGCUACAUCCUGGUGUCGUUGUUCCGCGCGCAGCUCGUGGGCGAGUCCGUCAGCCACACGCAGCUCCUGGGGCAGUGCCAAGACGUCGAUGUCAUGCGGUACGUGUUGAAAGAGCUGAUCGAGCUGUGCUUCACCGACGGCCGGCUGGAUGUGGAGAAGGCGACGACCAUCCUCCUGCUGGUGCCCAUGCGGGAGUGCCUGAAGGAUGCCAUCGAUCUCGUGUUGGACAGCCCGUUCCGGAACGCCUCCCUCGUGUGCAAGGGCCUGGUCCACAGACUGCGGGCGUAUCCGACACACGCGUCACAUGAAGAAGGUAGGGCUGGGAAGGCGGAUAGAGUAAUCAUGAUGGAUACGAGCUGAUUGUGUGAUAUCUGUUGUAGGAAGCAAGUUGCUGCAUUUUCUACGAAUCGUUCUUGAUGCCGUCCACCAGCACGUAGCCUUCUUCUUCGAGGAUCCAACGUGUGUGGUCUCGGUCAUCGACCUGCUGGAGGAGAUCAUGAAAGCCCCAGCAUUCGCAGUACGAGAAGCAGCGGGGAGCUCGCCGGAUGGGCUAAACGCCUCGUGUGGCUGUGCUGUGUCCCUCAGGUUGAGAUGGCGCUGAAGCACAAGCGCAGCGAUCUCAUCAUCAGCAAGUUUGCCGCCAUAUUCGCCCUGCCGGAGGCUCACCGGGCGAGCGAGCUGCCCAAGAUGGGUCCUGUGCUCCAGUUGCUGCGACAACGCAUCCGCCGCUACCUCGACAGCGUCCAAGCAGACCGCCAGGUCAACAGGCAAAUACCUACAUGCUCAAUCACAUGUCGGCCUCGUAUUGAUUCGGCUGUCCUGCUCACUGCAUCUGCAUGUGCAGAAAGCUGCUUUCGAGAUCUAUCGUGAUGUCUUGGCGGCCUUGUCAAACCUGUGGGACGAGCAGUCGAGUGACAGCGUCCUUAGCCAGCUGGUAGCUGAGGUCGUCAACAAUCUUCCGAAAAGCUUCUUCGUGAACAGCAACAUCAUGGAGACUCCGCUGGUGCAGCUGCUGCCCCAGCUGCCACAAAACCUACAGCAGGUCCGCUGCAGAAAGACGUGCAGAAGAGAAUGGCAAAGGUCACUUGUGUGGGUUUGCAGAUCCUGAACAAGCAGGCAUUGGAGGUCUUCGGUGCAGCAGCAAUCGAUGAGUCGAGUCAGCUGCAGUUCUUUGAGAAGAUCCACAAGACGCUAAAGCGCAUGGAUGUGUCGCGCUACCAGCCCGCCCAGCUGCAGUAUCUUGUGGACUGCACCACGGCCCUCCUCAGGCAGCUGGAGGAGUCCACCAAGCUGCCCCCAAGCACAGCUCAGUCCAGCGUGCCCCUCGAAGUGGUGCGGAUGGUCGACAAGGCGGCUCUUUACCGAUUCUUAUCCCGAUUCGAGGCUGAUGUUGUGGCGUCCAAUCUGACCGCAGCCAUCCCACAGCUCAGGACAAUCGUCACUUCCCUCCAGCGAUCAUUCCUGGCUCCUUAUCGCGAUCUCCUCCAUCAGCUGGGCAACGGAGAUGUCUACAAGGCAACUCUCGACUUCAUCUACAGGCACCAGGAGGCCUUUGCUGCAAUUGCCGGCCAAGACAGUGAGAGGGAGGCGAUUGUCAAGGCCAUCGAUGAUCUCAUGCGAAAGAAGCGGGCCAUCGAGGACAAGGAGGGGACGUGUGAGGCCUUCCUCACUCAGUGCUGUACCGAUGACGGCCCCCUGGGUGUCUACCGGGAGAGCUGUCGCACGCGCCUCCAUGAACACGCUGCGCUCAGGUCGGGGGACACAGAUUAAACAUGAAGGGACGGUCCGGACGUAUGCUCUCCUGCCUUUUCUUCAGAGAUGAGUCCGUUGGUCUCAAGAACUGGAGGGCCUUUGCUCUCGUGGAGCGAGAUGAAACACUGCAGGUGAUUCCAGUCUGACAACAUCGCUGCACGAACAGCAGCUCUGGUGCCUUUUUCUCUUCUGGCAGGCCAUGGGUUUCGCUGCCAGUGCGGUGAGCUCCCCGCUGUGCUACAAGCUGAUGCUGGACUCGACCAAACUGGCGCCCUGCGGACCGCCGACCACCGUCUUCGACCCAGCAGCCUUUUCCCAGCUCGUGGAGGCGUCAGUGACGAAGUUCCAGGAGCAGCUCCAGUCCGCAUACGGCCUGCUCGUGUCGCCAAGGGCCCUGAAUGCCGAGUGCUGGCCUCUUGUUCAACCGGUGAUGGCGCUGCUGCCCAGCAGCAGACCGCCAGCGGCACACGAGACGCCUUCGCAGGCCCGCGAGAGGGCGCAUCAAGACCGAGAGAUUCGGCAGGCAGAGCUGCAUCGCAUCCUGACCCAGGAGGUCGCCCACCUGCAGCAGCUCAUGCGGCAGAUAGGCAUCCCUGCCCAGAGGCUUUCAGGGGAUGCUGACCUCGUCAGCAGCACGGAGCGAUGGAUCAUCGCGUGGGAGACUGUGCCAAAAGUGGAGGCACUGCUUGCGCUGAUCAAAGAGCAUGAGAUGUCGAGAUUUCCUUUCGCCAGCAGCAGCCAGGACAUGCAGCGGUUGAGGGAGCUCGCGACUGAGGUCGCUGGCGCAACGACCAAACAGCAACUAGAGGAGCGGGUGUCAGACAUGACCCGAAUAUGCCCGUCGCUCAGCCAUGUGUCCCUCGACCAGCUCAAAGGCCUCCACGGUGCCAUCAAGUCGUCGCUGCUCAGGAGGAUCCUCUACCAUACGGAUGAUGCAUCCUUCUCAACAUUCUUUGAGAUGCGGUGAGUACAGCACAGCACAGUUCAGGGUGGCGAAAUCGGUCAUCUCCUGCUGUUCGUGUUGCGCAGGCUGAGUCAUGCUUCAGAUCCGCUGGACGUCGACCUGCUGCAAUCAUUCAGGUGAAUGAGUGACGAUAGAGAAUGAAGGUGGACAGAGGUCAUUCCGCUCUGCUGCUGGCUGCGCAUUUACAGGCGGCUUCGUCACGAGUUGUUCCCGUAUCUUUCGUCAGCUGAUGCGACGUUGGAGGAGUUCCUGCACACGUGUUCGAUGCUGUCUGCCUUCGACAUGGAGCUGUACACCAGCCAUGCGGCGCGCAUCACACACAUGCUGUCGGCAGCUGCUCAAUUUGAGGGCGUCACGGUGCGUACAUGGCAUCUGCGACGAAACACAACACACAAAUGUCAAUCGUGCAUCACGUCGCUCGCUUCCUUGGUCUUGUCCGCAGGCGCUCGAGACUCUGUGUCACCUGUACAACUUCGGCUCAUUCAACAUCCGCGUGAUCGACAAUGCGAGUGACGCCACACUCAUUGCAUCCUACAAGCUGCCGGCCGGGACCUGCAAUGAGCUGUCAUACGAGGACCUGACCGAGCUGCGCAACCAGAUCUCUCUGCAGGUGAGGAGUGGAGGGAAGUGGCAGGCACUCGAUCCCAUUCAUUUGUUAUGUCGUGUUGUACAGGACCUUCCGACCAGCCAGGACGACGACAAUGAGGAGCCUGCAGCUGCAGCGACGACAGCAAGCGGUGAGGAGCUUCUUACAGUCAGCAGCCUCCUCCAUAAUCGCGACAAGAAAACAGGUGAGCGGGCAGAAACCAUGGGGCGUCAUUCCGGCGAACCUGAGUGCUAUGUGCGCCCUACGUUUCUGCAGCCUACGUGAAGGCCUUUGCAGCCAACCUUGAGAGCUCUGUGAGGAUUCGAGACCUGCUUACUGGUCUCUGCCGCGAUGGUCAUUUGCGCUACCAAGAAGGUGUUCUGCCCAUUCGUGUGAGCUGCGAGGUGGACGAAUUCCGGAGGGAGAGGGAGGCGCUGGAGGACGAAUGA